AUCUCGAAAGACAAGUCGUUUUGGUUGGCAUUUUGUGUGUGUAAAACUGAUACAAAUUAUUGUUUCAUCAACUCAGACCGUUUAUGAUUACAAAGAAGAAAGAAGCAGUCAGUCAUCUUCCAUCGGCAUAAACUUCCGUCCUCUUGUCUUUCCGGUGGGCAAAUAUGACUGGGAAAGAUCUUUACUUGUAAAAAGAGGGAGGGAGGGGGGAGCAAGAAUUUGAGAGAAAGGAAAAUAUAAUAAUAAUGCUUUGCCGGAAAAACUCAAGCUUUGUUGAUAGAGGAAAUGUUCCCGUUUAUCUCAAUGUUUACGAUCUAACUCCCAUUAAUGGCUAUGCUUACUGGCUCGGUCUUGGCGUUUACCAUUCUGGUGUUGAAGUUCAUGGUAUAGAGUAUGCUUUCGGAGCUCAUGAAUAUCCAAGCACUGGAAUUUUCGAAGGGGAACCCAAACAAUGCGAAGGCUUUACGUUUCGGAAAUCGAUUUUGAUUGGUAAAACGGAUCUUGGGCCUCUGGAAGUGAGAGCCGCAAUGGAACAACUUGCUGACAAGUACAAGGGCAGUUCUUACAAUCUCAUCACCAAGAACUGCAACCAUUUCUGCGACGAGACCUGUAUUCAGUUAACCGGGAAUCCAAUUCCUAGUUGGGUUAACCGGCUUGCAAGAAUCGGUAAAAUCUCCGGGUUCAUGUGCAACUGUGUGCUUCCUGCGACCAUAAACGCGACCAGGCUUGGAAACAACAGAAUCAAUCAAGACAAAUCAUGUGAAGCAGAAACUGAGAAGAAGAAACUGACGAGACAAGAGAGGUCUACGAUUGCUACUCCUUCGUCUCCUUCAGUUCAGGUUCGCGGUCGAAGCAGGAAAAGGCGUCCUCGUGCUCUGCAACCUUCAUCGCCAUUGAUUCUCGGAUCUUCCUCCGUUUGACUCUAUAAAUUAAAAAUUAAAAUAUAUAUAUAUAUAUAUGAAGUUUGGCUUUUGUUGCGUUACUAAAAAUCCAUUUUUGAUCUCUCCAUAAGAGAGACCGACCGAUCGAUCGACCACUCUGUUUUAUUUCCCUCUACAUAUUUCGAGUGUGCUUUUUGUAAUCUUGUUAAUAUGCAAACCUUUUUUUGUACAUUUUCGUUUCAGUUUUUGGAUAUUAUCAAA